AGCAUACCACCUUUCUCCCAAAACCAUCUCAUAUUUCCAAACCAAGCUUUGAAACAGACAAAGCAAGCAAAACAUGGCUCCGGUUGUCUCAAAAGUUGGGAUUAUUGGUGCCGGAGUGAGCGGCAUAGCGGCUGCGAAACACCUAACCCAUCACAACCCUAUUGUCCUCGAGGCCUCUGACUCCAUUGGAGGGGUCUGGAGGCAUUGCUCGUACAACUCCACAAAGCUUCAGUCUCAUCGACGCGAUUACGAGUUCUCUGACUUUCCUUGGAAUGAUAGGGACAAUCCAGAAUACCCUUCUCACCUUGAGAUAUUGGAUUACUUGAACUCUUAUGCUGAGCACUUUGACGUGCUCAAGUUUGUGAGGUUCAACUCCAAGGUCGUCGAGGUUCGCUUUGUUGGUGACUGGGAAACCAUUGAUGCUGGUUUUAAACCACCGGCGGGUCAGCCUGCUUGGGAAGUUGCUGUGCAGACCAGUGGUGAAGAUACCAUUCAGUGGUACGCCUUCGAGUUCCUUGUGGUCUGUAUUGGGAAAUAUGGUGACAUACCCAGAAUUCCAGAUUUUCCACACAACAAAGGCCCUCAAGUGUUUCAAGGUCAGGUUCUGCAUUCUCUUGAUUACUGCAAACUAGACAAGGAAGCUGCUUCUGACUUACUCAAGGAUAAGAAGGUCGUCGUGGUUGGCUACAAAAAAUCAGCCCUUGAUUUAGCUGUGGAGUGUGCUGACGCAAAUCAAGGACCAAAAGGGCAACCAUGCACAAUGGUGGUGAGGACUUUACACUGGACACUUCCCCAUUACUGGGUUUGGGGUUUGCCAUUUUUCUUGUUCUAUUCAACAAGGGCUUCACAGUUUCUCCAUCCAAGACCUAAUCAGAGUGUCCUCAGGACCCUCACUUGCCUUCUAGCUUUAUCUCCUUUGAGGCAUGCAAUUUCAAAGUUCAUCGAAUCAUACAUUCUGUGGAAGCUUCCUUUGGAGAAGUAUGGACUAAAACCAGAUCACUCUUUCGAGGAAGACUACGCUUCCUGCCAGAUGGCUAUCACACCUGAGAACUUGUUCUCCGAGGCUGAUAAGGGAAGGAUCGUGUUCAAGAGAUCACAAGGAAACUGGUGGUUUAAUAAAGACGGAAUUGAGUUUGACGACGGCAGUAAGAUCGACGCUGAUGUUGUGGUCCUUGCAACUGGCUAUGAUGGUAAGAAGAAGCUCAAAGCCAUCUUACCAGAUCCCUUCAGAAGCUUGUUGGAAUACCCUUCUGGUAUUAUGCCCUUGUACAGGGGUACAAUCCAUCCUUUGAUCCCAAACAUGGCUUUUGUGGGUUAUCUGGAGAGUGUUUCGAACCUGCAUUCUUCUGAGUUGCGCAGCAUAUGGCUGGGUCGACUUAUAGAUAAUAAGUUUAAGCUCCCAAGUGUGGAUAAAAUGCUCGAGCAGACAACUAAAGAGCUGGAAGUGAUGAAGGACACCACCAGGUUCUACAAGAGGUUCUGCAUCUCUACUUUUAGCAUCAACCACAGUGACGAAAUUUGUGAGGAGAUGGGAUGGACAUCUUGGAGGAAGAAUACCUGGUUGGCAGAGGCAUUUAGCCCUUAUGGGAGUCAAGACUAUCUGCAGAAAUACUGAACCCAAGUUCAUUUGCAAACUAGUUACUACCCUUUAAAAAUUUAUAAUUGUGAUGUUCUUUACAUCAGAACUAAAAUAAAGAUAACCCAUAUGCAUAAGAAUAAUGAAAGCAAUGUGCAAUAUAGAGUAAUAGUGAUUCAUAACUUAUCCAUCUCAAUGAAGAAUUUGUCAUUUGUUUACCUUUUGAAUUCCCAGAAAUUUAUGAUGUCAUAAUACUGCAGAAGGCAGGGAAAAGAGAUAAAAACAUGGGCUGCUUGUAAUAGUCACAAUGCAUAUUCCAUCACACUUUUGACCUAAAUCUUCCACACUGAAAUUGAC